AGUUCUUCUUGUUGCGGAUUGCGCGCACGUUUGACAAGAAAUAAAAAUAUCGUGCUUGUGACACUAUAUCUUAACCAUUAGGGUUUCGGAAAAGAAGACGAAAAAGUAUAAAAUAUUGUAUGACAUGUCUGAAGACUGGGAUUUAGAGAUUGAGACUGGUGUUUCACAACUGAAUAUAACCGAAAAUGCCAAUUUUUUGCGCCAGGAAGAGCCAGUGGCAUUUGGGAAGAGUUUCAGUAAUGGGGGUGCUGCAGAUUAUAACCAGUCGUUUAGAAGUAAUCGUGGCUAUGGAAGAGGGCGAAGGGGAGGCAUGAGGAACGACCAAAGGACCUAUGAAAGCUAUGGAAAGGACACCAAUUGGAGGUCUCAAAAUGGUGAUCAAGAGAAUGCAGGAAUGUCUAAUGGAAAUAGAGAAGAUUCAAUGAAAAUAAUGGUUCUGAACACAAACAUAGGAAAAGUCAUAGGAAAAGGUGGGCAAACUAUAAGAGAGCUGCAAGACAGCACUGGAGCUAUUAUUAAGAUUCGGAAAGACCAAUGUGAAUUUAUUUCAACCCCAGUUGAAAUUAUUGGAAGCAAAGAAGCUCAGAUUGCAGCCAAAGAGAAAAUUGAAGAUCUUACUGAUGACAUCACAACAAGAAGAAUGAAGGAAACGGCAAGAGAUUCAUCAAAAGGCAAAACAGAUGCAUUUGGAAGGCCCCAAAUUGACUGGAAAGCAUUAGCAGAAAACCGAGAAGCAAAUGAAAAAAUUAGAUGGGAAGGCCUUGGAGAUGUCAUUAAAGAAUUUUACGAUGAACUGCCUGAAAUCAGGGACAUGAACCCAGUCGAUGUUGCGGAGAUAAGGAAAGAGAAGAACUCAAUCACAGUACAGCAUAUGUCAGACGAUAAGGAGAUUCUGAAAAUUCCAAUCAAAAAUCCAGUGCUUACUUUUGAAAAUGCGUUUCACAAUUACCCUGAAAUAUUGGACACAAUUUACAAUCAGAAUUUCACAACACCUUCUCCGAUACAGUGUCAAGCUUGGCCAGUUCUUUUGUCAGGAAAUGACGUCAUCGGUGUUGCUCAGACAGGAACUGGCAAAACCCUUGCGUUUUUGUUGCCUGCCCUCAUACACAUCGACCAACAACCCACACCAAGAGCAAAGCGAGAAGGCCCUUCAUGUUUGGUUCUGUCACCGACACGUGAACUCGCCCAACAAAUCGAAGUUGAAGUUAAAAAAUUCAAUUACAAAGGAAUAAGAAGUGUGUGUAUUUACGGUGGUGGAGAUCGCAGGGAGCAAAUUGGAAUUGUUGAAAGGGGCGUUGAAAUAGUAAUCGGCACGCCGGGAAGACUAAAUGACUUGCUGAUGAAUGGCAUUCUUUCCGUCAAGCACGUGACCUACUUGGUCUUGGACGAGGCUGAUCGAAUGCUUGACAUGGGAUUCGAACCAGAAAUUAAGAAGAUUAUUCUCGACAUAAGGCCCGACAGGCAAACAGUCAUGACGAGUGCCACGUGGCCACAGGGUGUCCAGCGGAUGGCAGACCAAUACCUGAACAAUCCAAUCAAAGUCAAUGUUGGCUCCUUAGAUUUACAGGCUUGUCACUCAGUGACACAGUUAAUAGAAAGAGUUGAGUCAGCGGAUAAAAAAGAAAGGAUAAUUCAGUUUAUAAAUGAUAUGGACCCAGAAGACAAAUUAUUAAUUUUCGCUGGUAAAAAAGUAACAGUGGAUGACAUCUCGAGUGAUUUGGUGCUAAGAGGCGUACAUGUUGGCAUCCAGACGAUUCAUGGUGAUAGGGAGCAGUCAGACCGUGAACAAGCUUUGGAAGACUUCAGAACCGGGGAGGCACGUGUGUUAAUCGCAACUGAUGUGGCGUCACGUGGUUUGGAUAUAAAAGACAUCACGCAUGUCGUAAAUUAUGAUUUUCCAAGACACAUUGAAGAAUACGUGCAUCGCAUUGGCAGGACGGGUCGUGCUGGGCGAAGUGGCACCGCGUUGACGUUCGUGGCGAGAGAAGAUUGGUCCAGCGCGCACAAGUUGAUUGACAUAAUGACAGAGGCCGAUCAGGAAAUUCCGGACUGGCUUGUGGACAUGGCAGAACGGUACAAGGCCUAUAGAGAGAGAACGAGAGGUGAAGGAGUUAGCAAUGUAAGUGGCAAUGCCUGCUUCAAAUGUGGCGAGGAGGGUCAUUUCUCAAGGGAAUGUCGCAAUCCAAGUACAAACAACUCGGCAGGAGGCCAAUCAAGAGAUAGUCGACCCAGAGGAUCUUGCUACUCCUGUGGAGAGUCGGGACAUAUGUCACGUGACUGUCCUAAAGGCGCUACUAUGAGAGGACUGGGGAGAGACUUUGGACGAAUUAGAAAAGAUGACGACAAAGGACGACAAAGACCGGGACGAGGGCGCGGAAGAAGAACCCGCGAUGAUGAUGACUUUGGAUUUAUGUUUUAGUCGCAGCAUUACUGCUUUGCGUGUUCACUCACUUAUUUGCUUGAGAUGGGCGUUUUUCUUCAUUUUGUCUUCAGUUUUUGGAGAUUUUCUGGACGUCGAAAAGUCUAACCGUCUUCUCGUACCAGAUCUAUUUUUAGAUAUAAAAUUGUUUUGUUCAGUGGUCCAUAGAUCUGGAGAUCUAAAGGCUACGAGGCCUGUUGUCCGGAAAUCUGUUGUCCGGAGGCCUGUUGUCCGGAGGCCUGUUCUCCUCAGGUCUUUGGUCCAGUGGUCUUUGGUCCAAAGGCCGUGGUAGCACGUUUGGCUCAUAUUUAGUGGGCUAUAAUAUGAAUCAAGUGAAGAAAGAAGUUUAAACGGAGAGGAGGAACCCUGAUAAGUACUCGAACGUUCGAUAUGGUUGUGUGGUGACGUCAUCGUGAUCAGAAUAUGUAUUGAGUUUGGACACCUAUCAUUCGUCUCAGAAUCAGUUAUCGUAGAUUUUUAAAUCCACUUGAAAUAAGCAUGUUCCUAUGCUGCUGAAUUUCAGAUCAGAAUAUAUAUAAUAAUAAUUUUGUUUUGUUCCUGUGUAAAAAUAAUAUCUUUAUAAUAUUGCGUUUUGAUACAAACAAUUUAUGACGCAUAAAUGUUUGCAAUGUUGCUUUUCAA